UAGUUACUUUUUUGACAACCACCGACCAAGGUUUAUCUUAUUGUCACGGUGGGCGUCCAAUACGCUCGAAGACGCGUCACACCAACCAAACUCUACCGGUGUGAAACCUAGCGAACUCUACACUGUUAUGUUCACUAUCAUAAAGAAUCUUGGGUACGUACUGGAAUUGCGCGUGGUAGAGCCGACGGACAAUAGUGACAGUGAUGUUGUGCAUAUAGUUGAUAGUUUGAGCCGCAUAAAGGACGACAUAAUGCUCACGCGCAGACACGUGGAUGCGGGUAUUCUGCCCGUUGUGUAUAUUGCCGAAGCGACCUACUUUUGUCUGGUCGCUCCACGCGCUGCGGAGAUCAACCUAACGCAAUCGCUGUUGCGCCCGUUCUCGUACGAAGUGUGGCUGUUCAUCGUGGGCUGUGCAGUGGCAAUAAGUGUAUUGAAUGAGCUCUCGCAGUACGACACCCGGAUGGGUGUGUGGCUGAGGUGGAUCUGUUCCUGCCCCCCGCUGCCUUCGUUCUACAGCACCUGUUUCGCGUUCAUUUGCUUCGUCCUUAUCGAGUCGUAUCUCGCUACGGUGACAUCCUUCUUUCUUGCCUACCGGUUCGUGCCGGAUGCGAAAACGUUAGAGGAAUUCUUCGCCACGGGCAUUCCGAUAAGGUUGGAGGAAGGAAUGGACACAUUUUUGAACAAUCUUGAACCACGCGUAAGAGAUCUUAUAGUAGCACGAGGCGUUCGCGGCACGGAGUGCGAAGAGUUCUCUGGCGGAUGCGCCCAUUUGGAUACGUUCGCGAGAGCUUCGGUGAGGAUUAAGGAACUGGUUGGGGUUGAUCCGAUCAGUGGCCGCAAGCGAUCGUACAUUGUGCCGGAGAUGGUGGCAAGAUACAGCUGCAUGUCGUACGCGUUUGCCCGCGGCUCACCGCUGACCGAUGUGGUAGCGGUGUACCUACGGUGGAUGUAUGAGGCCGAGCUGAUGCGUUUGUUUCAUCAAGAUUACGAGCAGUAUCUACAACCGAACGAUCAUGCACAUACGCUUGAAGAUUCGCUGGCGUUUGAGCAUCUGAUGUCGCUGUGGGUCUGUGUCGGUAUCGGUUGGGGAGUGUCGUGCUGUGUGUUUAUUUUGGGACUGGUCCGAAAGGCUUUAAAUGAGCAUCUAUGAAGGAUACAUGUAUGUCGUAAUUACUAUCGGAAGCACUAAUUAGUAGCAACAGAUUUGUUUCGAAGUGUAAUUAUCUCUCCCAAGAGACACACCAGGAUCGGAGUGGUUCAUGUUUUGAAAGCAACACACUGGAAACACAAUACAUAAUUAUAAUUAUUGGGAAGAUAUAGGCAAUCUAUUGCUUUGAGAGUAACAUAUCAUUGGCUAGGUCAAUACCAUGAUACCAUUACACGUUAUUUGGAUAGCAAUUAAAGUCAUCUUGGGCUUAGGAUACUCAGUAGGAUACUUUCACACUCUUCAGUCAUACCGGCAAAGCACGAUGGCAUGGAAGCGAAUGCUAUUAGUUGGGCUAGCUGUUGGAGUUAUAUUCGCUGCUGUAGCUGAACCUACGCAAAUUCCCAAGACAAUCUCCAGCUUGGUGGAAGAAUGCUUUCAUCAUAACUCGAGAACGUUGUACUUGGUAGGCUUGGAAAAGCUUGCCGCUUAUGAGAGUUAUCUUGCCUUGCCACACCCUAAAGUGAUCGUACAGAGCGGCUACUCCAUCGGCACACCCGAUGAGUCAAGCUUAAUCGUAAUGUACAUGGAUUGCAGCACAUUGGUAAGUGUUUUGCAGUGCUUAACUUUGAGUUAUGAACCCAUUUUACUAACGGUUACGUUUUUAACCUUGUUUUAGAGCAACUUGCUCAUCCAAUUCAAAGCGAUCAUGCGUGACUUUACCAGGAUCGUUCGGAAUGGAAAAUACAUCGUGCUAGUGGAGGACGCGUAUCUUUCU